AUGGCGAUGGAGAUGCAGACCUUCCCCCCUAGAGCGAGCAGGGGUCAGCCAUCUGGUGCCCUCUCGUCUCCCAACCGGAUAACCACGCCAGCGGCUGCGCGCCUGUCCGUCAUACCAGAGAACAACGAUGCCGCCGCACCGCAGUACUCCUCGCGGAGCUCCUACCGAUCCCCAUUCAGGAGGACUGCCCCCGGCGCAGCGCCUAGCGAGAGCGCAGACGACCUGACCAAUGCGUACUUGGAGCGUAUUCGAGGAGAGGGCUCGCCGCCGCCUCCGUACGACAAGCUGCAUGCGUUGCGGAACAACAAGUAUCUGGCAAAGCGCGGAGGGUGGAAGCGGUUCUUGCUUAUCUUCGUCGGGGUGCUCCUCGCGAUCGUUGCAAUCGUUGUCGGCGUAACGGUAGGAUUAGCAAACAAGUCGAGCGCUAGAGAGUAUACACAUCCUCCGCGGUAG